GGGGGGGGGCGGUGUAGGGGUGCCCGACAUCCCACCGGCCGCCCCCGGCAGCGAGGGGCGAACCCCGCCCCGGUGACACCGUACCUGCACGUGGGGACACGGGGGACACAGCGGGGCCGGCCACCCGCGGGAAGGGGCCGCCGCUCCGCUCCGCUCCGCGUAGCUCCUUCCUCCUCCUCCUCUUCCCCCGCCGCCUCCUCUCCGUCUGCACAAAGAGAGCGGCAGCGAAGGCCCCGGGUUCGCCUCUAAAGGCAGCGGCUGGAAAUUUAAGGUGUCCCGGAGCCAUGCCCGCCCGCAGCCGCGCUCCCCGGGUCGAUGGGUGUCGCGGCUCCGCGCCUCGCUUGUCCCGGGCGGUCGGGCUGGCGGCGGGUGCUCGGGGGGUUGCGUUGGACUGAUCAGCAGAGAAACUGAUCCCGUUGCUGUGGGGUGGGAAAGGCCGGCAGUCUGUGGGAGAGAACCAUGUCUGUCCGGGAGUCGUUUAACCCAGAAAGUUACGAACUGGACAAGAGCUUCCGCCUGACCCGAUUCACUGAACUGAAAGGCACAGGCUGCAAAGUGCCGCAGGAUGUCUUACAGAAACUGCUCGAAUCUCUACAAGAAAACCAUUUUCAGGAAGAUGAACAGUUCUUGGGGGCAGUUAUGCCCAGGUUGGGAAUUGGGAUGGACACUUGUGUUAUUCCAUUAAGACACGGAGGUUUGUCAUUGGUCCAGACGACAGAUUAUAUUUAUCCUAUUGUGGAUGACCCUUAUAUGAUGGGCCGGAUAGCGUGUGCCAACGUCCUAAGUGACCUUUAUGCCAUGGGGGUCACAGAAUGUGACAACAUGUUGAUGCUCCUUGGAAUCAGCAAUAAAAUGACAGAUAGGGAAAGAGACAAAGUGAUGCCUCUAAUUAUCCAGGGUUUCAAAGAUGCAGCAGAAGAGGCAGGAACAUCUGUUACUGGUGGGCAAACAGUGUUAAAUCCCUGGAUUGUUCUAGGAGGAGUGGCCACGACAGUCUGUCAGCCUAAUGAAUUUAUAAUGCCAGACAAUGCAGUGCCAGGAGAUGUGCUUGUAUUAACUAAACCCUUGGGAACACAAGUGGCUGUAGCUGUGCACCAGUGGCUAGAUAUUCCUGAAAAGUGGAAUAAAAUCAAGCUUGUGGUAACGCAAGAGGAUGUAGAACUUGCAUACCAGGAGGCAAUGAUGAACAUGGCACGGCUGAACAGAACAGCUGCUGGACUCAUGCACACUUUCAAUGCACAUGCAGCUACAGACAUCACAGGAUUUGGGAUCCUGGGGCAUGCACAGAACCUUGCCAAGCAGCAGCGAAACGAGGUGUCCUUCGUGAUCCAUAACCUUCCCGUUCUUGCCAAGAUGGCUGCUGUCAGCAAGGCUUGUGGAAACAUGUUUGGCCUCAUGCACGGGACUUGUCCAGAGACUUCAGGAGGCCUCCUCAUCUGCUUACCACGGGAGCAGGCAGCACGAUUCUGCGCCGAGAUCAAGUCUCCGAAAUACGGCGAGGGGCACCAGGCGUGGAUCAUCGGGAUCGUGGAGAAGGGCAACCGCACGGCCCGGAUUAUAGACAAGCCACGGAUCAUUGAGGUGGCACCACAGGUGGCCACUCAGAACGUGAACCCCACGCCCGGUGCCACCUCUUAAUAGAGAUCAAAUAGCUGUUUGUUUUUUGAAUAGAUCUAUUCCCUUAUCAUCCUACAAUUUAAAGAACUGUAAAAAAAAAAAAAAGAAAAGAAAACUUGUUGUGUCUGCACAUCUGGUGGCCUUAGGUCAGUUUAUGAGUGGAUACAAAUAAUAAAAUGAAAUCCAUUGCCUUUUUUUCCUGUUACAUUAACUGAAGAUGCACCUAAUCUUGAGGCAGCUUCUGAGUUGAGAAUUAUAUUGUUAUCCAAUACUGUUGAUUCAUUUUGAAUCUUUAGACACUUAUCUCUUGCCGCAUAGGCUCUUUUUAAAGGUGCUUUCACGUAGCACAGACAUUACCAGUAGUAGUGUCAAAUAGCAGUUCGUGUCCUUUCAUUAUGUGUAUAUUUAUCAUGAGUCUAAUUUUGAUGCCUUGAGUGAUAUUCCAGAAAGGCAAUAAAUUGACAAGUGACACAGUGGGUUACCCAGUAGUAAGAUGGUUGCAUGAUUGCAUUCAAUCUUCGAUUUAUUUUAUUUUUAAAUUUUUUUUUUUUUUUUUUUGGUAAGGUUUAGUCUUACCAAGAGCAUCUACGACCCUGGACUUUGCUUGGUAGUGCACUCAGUUUAAACAGCAAGUGCUGACUUUUUGCAUGGAAAGCGCUUCAGAGUCGAAGGAGUAAUUUCAAAUUUCAUUAUUUGUAGACCUGACAAUAUUUACUGUAUUAUCAAUGAUUGUUUUCUUUAUUGAUAGUAAGGACAAAUAAUUCUUUUUUUUUUUUUUCCUUUUGCAACGUGAUUGGAUGUGCUAUAGUGCAACAAAGGUUUUUCAGACCAAAAGGAGGUUACUGUAUAAUAUUCAUUUACAAUUCACUAUAUAAAUAACUACACAAAUAAUUUUUAAAUAUAAUCAAACUAAAAUAAACCUCUGUUCUGUGGAUGGUAGUGUUUAAUACAUUUUAUAUUUUGUAUAGUGAUUACAAGCCUUUUUUGUUUCUUUAAAAAUCAGCAGCUGUUUAGUAUAAUUCUUAGUAUUAUUUUGUUCUUUGCUCAAAUACAUUUUUCUGCACGCUUUUGUGAUCUGUGUUUAAAACCAACAUUGCCAACAUUGCAGCUUGAACUUAAGCUUGUUAUUCAAAAUAAAUAUUUAAUUUUUUUUAUUGCUCUUGUAUAAGUGCAUGAACUUUUGAUUCCUAGCUGAAUUAUUCCCUGGAAAGAGAAGAAAUCCUCAGGCUUUUUUAUUCUAUUGCAUGUUUGAUUAUAUUGAUAAUUGUAAUCGCUCCUUUAAUCAGUUCUCCAAGGUGUGAUGUCCAGUGGUAACCUUGAGUAAAGCUGGGGGCAAGCAGGUUAUCUCCAAGUAUAUUACCCACUCUAUUUUGUUUAUUUUACUCACCAGCACCAAGUAGGCAACAUUUUGAAUUGUUUCCUCUGCAAGUGCUCCUGACUGUGCCUGCUGUCAGCAAAGACGGGCUCCUGAGCAGCCCUGUCCUGGAAUGCUGGAUGCUGGAGCCCAUUUCUUCCCACUGCAGCAGCCUCACAGCUCACCCUGCUCUGCUCAGAGACACCGUGCUGUCCUUCUUCUGAACUGCACUGAACCUGCUCUAGUGAAGCUUCUCCCAGAUUCUGGAAUUUGCUCUGUGAUAUUCAGGCCAGGAAGAAAAAAGUCUUGGAUAACCAUUACUGCAGCAAGAAUUACAAAGGCUUUUGUCUAUGAACAUUGAGUCACUGGAGCUGAGCCAAUCUCGUGCCUCAUGCAAGGUUUAAAUUUCCAGUCUUCCUCCUAAUGGCAUCUCUGGCAAAACUUGGCUCAUCUUUUUUCCACUCAGGUUCUCAACCUUUUGCAAAGCUAGAAUUUUUUUUUUUUCUUUUUUUCAUCCCCUCCUUGGGAAUAGCUUAAGCCACGCAGACUCUCACGCUCCUUUUCCUGGAGAUGAAGUCCAAGAGUUGCACGUUCACCACAAAGCCUCAAAGCAAUAACCAAGUUUUUGACUUUGCUUUGAGGAAAAAAAGUUGCUAGGUUUUUUUCCAGCAGUUCUGAAGCAUCAAAAGCCAGUUGUGAAAAAAAUUGAUUUUCCUUUUUUCCCCCCGCUGUUUUGUGAAACUUGUUCUGUAUCCUGAUGUGAAACCAUGGACCUGACAUCUGUUCAUUUGCUUUAUUAUGGUCAUGGACAAGACACUACUUUAGGGGGUUUUUUUAAAACUAAUAAAAUCACCUAAGUAGAUCAAAUGGGUGCAGAACAGUUGAGUCCUUCUGCAUGAAAGUGCUUGUUACACAGAUCUGUUGUAUUUUAAACUGGCACUGGAUGUGUGUCAGUUCACCCUAGGCAGGAAAAGGUCCUGUUUGGUAGAUAUUGGUGUGCUUUUUUCACUUGUUAUGAUGGUUAGUUCAUGAGCCAGGUGUGAAAACAACAUUUCUCCUUCCCUAGAAGUGACUUGAAUGGCAGAAUGAUCAUGUCCAAGGAAAGGGUGUGUGGAAAGGUGAGUGGAAAUCCACAGCCAUCAGCAAGAACCAUCUGGACUUUUGGAGGAAGACUUCCUGUGAGACAGAUGCAAGUAAAACCCUAGAGAAGAUUCAGUCACUUUCCAUACUGGUGUAGUCAUAUGAUCUGACUCAGAAGCCUCUCCUGAUGCUUCCCCCGAUGGCUGGAAUUUACAUCCCAAAGCGCUUCCUGGCUUGGGUGAUGAGUUGGGAUGUCCUCUGUGAGCACCACCUAAUCACUUGGGGUGUGCAGCGAUUUGUGUAAGAGCUUGAAUGAUUUGUUUUGCUAAAUCAAAGAUUGUACACUAGGAAUGACCUGUAGGAGAGUGUAUUGUAAGGGGCUGGCAAGUCUUGAGUCCUGCACCUUUAAGCAAGACACAAGAGAUCUCCUCUUUAAACGAAGAUUUUUUUGACAUGCUGUCAUCAAAAAGCUGUGAGAAAGCAACAGUGAACAGUUGUUUUUAUUAGUCAUGUCCAGUCAUUUACACAAACGUAAUGUACCUUUUUUUCAUACACAGGUACCUCUGCGUGCACCAGCUCCCAUCCCUGUCUGUACGAGAAGGCUGCCUGUGAAACUCCAUCCAAGUUGUGGGGAAAAAAAAAAAUCUUUCUUUAAAAAGAAAGAAUUUAAUAAUUGAAAUAACCACUAGCCUAAACAAUAUAUUUGUUAAGUAGCAUAUAUUCUUGGAAAGUUAGUAUCUGUUAUCAGUCUUUUAAUAUGUUGGUUUCCUCAAGCCUUUUGCUUUUCUUCCUGUAUGAGGGAAAAAAUAACACUUAAAAUCUGCAGCAGUAUAUAAAGCCAGAAUAGCUUUGUCCUUUUUUUUUUUUUGAAGUUAUUAUUUUGUUUUCAUGCUUUGCUAGGAAUUCAGGACUGACCCUUUUCUAAUUAGGAGAUUAUGAAAAUCAGUGUGAAUGCUGCAGUGAGAGGACAGCAAACCUGAGUCACUGUGGGGGAGUGGAUGGG